CAGUAUAUUUUCAGCUAGCGUUUCUACUAAGUUGCCAAAGCCGGAGUUAGAUCUCCUCGAUUUUAUACGCUUCACGCAUUAUUUGUUACAAUAGAACCCCACAAGUCGAGGACAGGGAUUUCAGCACCCUCUUUCCAGAGAGGGUACAUUAUGGAUGAAACCCCAGCAGAGGUUACAACUGCAGAGGAUGAGAAUUUUGCAGUCUUAGAAUGCUUCACUCCAGGAUACAACAAAGAGCGCUUGCUUAUCCAGCACAGCUUGGAUGAGGACAGUAUCAUGUUGGAGGAUCCCCUCCAAACGGUUAGCAGCGGCAGGCUGACCUGGGCCUACGGGGAUGAAACGGAGAACGACGAGGAUGUCAAAGGAGGGGGGACAGAGACUGAGACCUCGUCGAGUGCCAGCACGUCCAACUCUUACAGAGACGAAUGGGUACGGCUGUUUGAGGGGCCAGACUACAUUGAUGUCAUCAAACAGGAGGGUUUGAAGGGUGGUCUCCGAAGCAGCCGCUUCCGCAGUGUUUGCUGGAGGGUGUACUUGGAAGUGCUUCCUGAGCGACAGGACCAGUGGGCGGAGUCGGUUCGGAAUGACCGUGAGAGAUAUGCUGCCGUCAAGAGGAUGUAUGUCGUAGACCCACAGACAGGCUUCAAGAACAGAGACGCUGACCUCAGCUUGAACAACCCACUCUCACAGGAUGAGGAGAGUCCCUGGAACCGGUUUUUCCAAGACAAGGAGUGCCGUCAAGAGAUCAGUCAAGAUGUUAAGCGCACCUUCCCUGAGAUUGAGUUCUUCCAGACAGAUGAGAUGCAUGACAUGAUGGUCAACAUUCUCUUCUGCUACUGCAAAGAGCACGAGGACCUCGGCUACAAACAGGGAAUGCAUGAAGUACUUGCUCCACUGAUAUUCAUUCUACACUGUGACCAGCAAGCUUUCCUACAUGCCCAGGAAAUCAAAUCACAAAUCCUUGUUGGACCUGAGAAAAGGCCGGUUGUUAAUGGUGAAAGGGAUGUGGUGCAAGAAAUCAUGGACCCUAAUUUCCUUGAGCAUGAUUCGUACACCAUGUUUUAUCACUUGAUGGACACCAUGGAGCCGUGGUACCGGCACGGCAUGCGGGAGGAGGGCGCCAUUCACCGCAAUGCCAGCUUCACCUCAGCCGAGCCCUUUGCCAAGCCCCAGGAGUGCUCACCUUCCUCCCCACUCAUCAAGAAGCUCACCAAGAUCCAGGACGUGGUGCUGAAGAUGCACGACAGCGAGCUGCACAUGCACCUGACCCGGCUCGACAUUCAGCCUCAGAUAUUCGGAAUACGAUGGGUGAGGUUAUUGUUUGGCCGUGAGUUCACCUUGCAAGACCUCCUUGUCCUGUGGGAUACGAUAUUUGCGGACAGUGUCACGCUGGACCUCAUCGACUACAUCUUUGUCGCCAUGCUGAUCCUUGUCAGGGAGCUGUUGUUAUCGGGAGACUAUGCAGACUGCAUGUCACUAUUAAUGCGAUUCCCAAUGGUCGGUGAUGUACGUUGUCUGGUCGAUAAAGCCCUGCAUCUCAGAGACCCCAAGAAAUUCCCCCGACCGCCCAACUACCAGUUCCAAAUCUUGCAGCACAGCGAUGCAGGUGUUGUCAUACCAUCCAGCGCCCGGUCGCCACGGAGACAGUAUGCCAACGGUGCGGUCUUUUCCGGAUCCUCGGCCAACACCAACCCAAGUGGAACGCUGAGGAAUAAGAAAGCGUCCGUGAUGACCUCAGGUCUGAGCGGGUUGAAGAGAAUUGCCAACAAAGGGAAGCAAAACGAAGAUAAGGAGUCUGCGCAGGGGCCCUCCCAUCCCCUGGCAUCACCAGCCGACGUCGUGUCGGAGGUCAAGUCUCGGCCCCUCAAGGUCAAAACAAUAAGCCCGCAGCAGGAGACCAACAUGCAGUCAUUCACCUCGGAUGGCAUCGCAGGGCUGACUAGCAACGCCCAGGCCCCAAAGAAAGAUAACCUGGGGGGCCUCUUCUCCAAAUCGAGGUCUGCUGGAAAGAAGAACCAGCAGAAAGAGCAAGAGAUGGACUUCCACAACCAAGUGGCCUUCUUGCAAGGCAAGAUGAACGACGUCCAGAACAUGUGCCGGUACUGUGCCACCAAAAUGGAGGCUCACCUCAUGCAAAUCCAGGAUGAGAUGGUCAAACUCAAGCUGACUCAAGAAGAUGAACUCCUCUUAGCUGUGGCAGGGCUCAAGCAGGUCAAAGACAUUCUUAAUGGAACGCUGAAAUUUGCCCAAGGGAUGGAGGAACAGGAAGACCUGAUUAUGAACGACGACUACUAUGGCAAAGAGGAGCUCACCCCUUCCCCACCUGUCAGCAAAAUGGACUUGUCGCCGGAGUCGGAGCCGGACAGCAACGGGAGCCAGCCUAAGGUGAUGGAACUGGAGGAGCUGUCGCCUGACGUCGGCAGCAGCAGCAGCAGUGCCGAUUCGGACCCUCGGCCAGAGACAACCCCGGCUGUCAGCCUGAACACCAGCGAGUGCAAUAACAACCUGGGCGUGCCUGCCACCAGCGAGACUGACAACCCGAGGCCUAGGGCAGGGAAAGAUCAGGCUCUGGCUGUGGUGGGCCAUUAACUUCAGUGGAGAACACCACAAUCCAUCCACGACUCAUUGGUCUUAAAAAGGAACUUGAAAGACUACAACAUAUUUUGUGACCAGCACAUUAUAUUUUUUGUAAGUAUCCCGUCUGUGAAUUGUGAAGGUAUGAUUUGACACCUUUUUUUUCUAAAUUAUAUAUUCUGAAGCUUGACGGCACCUUUGCAGCAAUGUCACCGCAGGCAGUCACCGAGUAGUUUGUAGAUUUUCUGUACAGAUUAUGAACUAGGCAAUCAGUGUACUUUUAAGUUAAUAGCAGUCUGUAUGUACAUUUUGCUUGGUGUCUGGUUGCUGGAUAAUGAAUGAACAAGGGCACAUUUAUAUUUGACUUUGACCCAAAACACAACCAACCUGGUAACUGGUUAUACUCUGAAAUAGCUCUGUCACUGAAACUUUGGCCUCAGGUGACAUCACGUUUGUGCUCAUGAACGUGGAAAUUCAAAUUACAACUCAAGGACUGGACACACCCUUUGAAAGGAUCCAGAGUUAUAACACAAGUUCAGCUUGGCGUGAUGAUUUAAAUUUGGAAUCACCAACCAAGAGCUGCCAACUAGAACAGAUUUUCAAUAUUUCAUAAAAAAAGCAAAGAAUAUGAAAGUAUGGAUCCAUCUUUAGAAAAUACUGAUUUUAGAAAAUCCUAUCAGAGCAUAUUAUUAUGCACAAUAUUGACAGGCUUGCUAUGGCAUGUGGACCAGUGGACACUAUGUGCUUUGAUCCCGACCGAAAUUGAUCGCACGUACAGUAAACAUAAGAAGUCAGGAUUUUUGAGUCAAAUGCUCAUAAGGCACCUAUCAUGGAGCUCGAGGAUAGUCUAAUACCCUGACGUCUACAGUUAUCUGGCAAUGUACUAUGUGCUGCAGCCUAGUCUAAUACGUAUGAAGUACACCAUAUGAUGCAAGAUAUGGGGCGGAGAGCGCCCCCCAACCUUUGUGUUGGUCAUUGUUUGAUUGGAAUCUCAG